AUGAAGAUUUCAAACGUGAUGACCUCGCCAAUCUACGCCCUCAACGACGACGUAUUACUCCUUACAUUCUCCAAGAACGCGCAGCCAGAAUACGAAGCCAUUCGGAACAUAUUAGCGGUGUCGCGAGUGUGCCACUCCUGGCGAACGCUUGCCCUGGAGACGCCCUCUCUUUGGGCAUCCGCUUUGAACAUCAACGCGCUGACACAACUUCCAGAGAAGGGAAAACAGGAGAUAAUCAGGCGCACUGGGAGCGCCCCUUUGUCAUUCGCGGGAGAUGUGCGUUCAUGGUCGUACCAGCAAUUCCUUUUCCGCACGGUCCUUCACGAAUACUGGCCUCGUAUUCGUCAUCUUGACAUCUUGAUUCGCCCUUCUCUCGUGGACACGUACGACGAGGGGUGGUGUGCGAUAUAUCAGCCAGCGCCCUACCUCGAAGAAUUUUCCAUCAUGUUCUCCACGUUCCAGGCCGAAGAACCCACCGACACAUCCGAUGAAGAAGACGACGAAACAGAGCACGUAAUCCAUAUUCCUCCAGGCUUUUUUGGCGGAGACGCCCCACUACUCCGAUCCUUUUCCUGCCCUUCAAUUCACGAUUUCGAUCUGUCAGCACCAUGGCUGAUGAACUUGCGCCAUCUUCUGUUCGGACAAGGAGGGGAGGACGGUAAAAUCGGAAUAUCAUUGGCGACAUUCCUAGGAACGUUGGACAACAUGAAGAAUCUUGAAACACUUCAUAUUUCGACUGAAUACCUUGUCGUUCCGGAGGACCCCACCGUUACGCUUCCCACCGCACACCUACCCCGCCUUCUCGACAUUCGUUUGGAGCCAGAAUAUUCCCUCAAACGACGAGACACUCUCCUCACAGGUGUUUCUCUCCUCAAGCAUCUUGUGCCAGCGGCGGGAUGCGGACUGCACGUCCGUCUCAAAGAACGAUCAGGUCGUCUGAGUCUCCAACACACAAAGAAUCUCCUCCACGAGUCCCUGGCGAUGCACUCCAAGAACUGGUUCGACGUUGGAAUGGACAAAGCACCGCUUACGCUCCACCUUAACUACCGUGGGAUUACAAUUGCGCACCAGUACACUGACUGGGAUCAAGGCCGACACUUUUCUGUCACUAUUCAAGAUGCAAAUGAUGGCCACCCCGAAUAUCUCCUCUUCGUCCUUGAUGCCUUCUCAUUGUGCAAUUUUGCGACCAUUACACAUCUCAACUUAGAACUGGACACAGAAAUCUACUGGACAAACUCACAUGUAGCGUCCUUCAUCGCCGCCCUGUCUAAUAUCCAUGUACUCGAAACCGACGUCAAGACCCUCGGUGCAAUGACCACGGCCAGCAAAAAUUAUCCUGAAUUAAAAGACCGCGUUCCUUUCCCAAUACUCGCCCAGCUUCAGCUUCGAGAAUAUUUUGGGAGAAAGGCACGUGGCACGGUCGAAGACGCGUGUAGGGGUUUUAACGAGUGGAGGGAUCAGAUCGGCUACCCAGUCACUAUCGUUCGACCUGAAGUCCAAAUAUCUCCCUAUGACUGA